AUGGUACAGAAGAUAAUUGAAUGCCUGAAAGAUGAUAAACACAGAAGAAUUGGCAUCUACGGAAAUGGUGGAAUUGGCAAGACAAUCGUAAUUAAGGCUUUGUUUUCAGCUCCUGAAAUUAAAGAUAAAUUUGAUUUUUUUAUUCAAGUGACCAUCUCAAGAUAUUGGAGUAGGAAAAAGAUUCAGCUUGAGAUUGCAAGACAGAUAGAGCUCAGCAUGGAAGACAUUCAAUCAGCAGAUGAACUUGCAAGUAUUAAUUUGGAGAGCCAUUCUAGAUUAGUGGUGGCAACAAGGUCAGUUCAUAUUUGUAAAAACGUCGCCUCAGAUCGACAGAUAGAAGUAGGUGCCCUUUCUUGGAAAAAAGCUUGGAAUCUAUUCCAGGAACAGGUAGAAGGUGUCAUUAACUCCCCCAGUGUAAGGCCUCGUGCAGAAGCAAUAGUUUUAGAAUGUGGUGGUUUGCCAUUGAUGAUCAUUGUUAUUGGAAGAGCCUUGGCUACGAAAAUUGAUGUCUCGGGCUGGAGGCUUGUGAUGAGUAAUCUUUUAUCAGUUACUGGAUUAGAAUCUGGUGACAUUGAUGAAGCUCUAUUCCAGAAGCUAAAAGUUGGUUAUGACAAAUUGCAUGACUAUGAUUUGAAAUGCUGCUUCCUGUACUGUGUCUUGUUUCCAGAGGAUCACAACAUUGAAAUAAUUGAGCUUAUCAACUAUUGGAUCCAGGAGGGCCUUGUCACGGGGAAUUCAGCAGAUGCAUCAAGGAAAGGGUUCAGAAUUGUUCGGCAUCUUAUUGAAGCCUCUCUAGUGGAACCUGUUGAUGGUGUUUCAAUUAAAAUGCAUGACUUGAUAAGGGAUUUGGCAUCAUGGAUCAUCUUAUCAGAAGAAGGAUCCUUGGAUUUCUUGGUGGGAAGGAAAUUUAACAAAGUUAGGAACCAAGAGCUGAUGUUGGAACCAAGGACAAUAUCAAUAGCAAAGAGCCCCCAAAAGUUGCCCAGGGUAGAAAAUUGCCUCCUGUCAAAAGCUGGGGCAGGUUUACUAUUGCCACCAGAAGAAAGUGAAUAG